AGCGGACGCGCUAGCCUGACGCGCUCAGGCUCCGCAGCCAAUCGGGAAGCGCGGUGCAGGUUCAAAUAAAGACGGCGGGUGAACAUGGCGUCACCCCUUGGGUCUGGGAGGUGAUCGACCUGCGUUUUGUGUUGAAGAUGUGGCGGGUGAAAACACUGAACUUUAGCCUGUCGCCUUCGCCUCAGCCGGGAAAACCGGCUGUGAGAACCCCUCUCCGAGAACUUAGCCUGCAGCCCAGUGCCCUCACCAGCUCCGGAAAACGGCCCCCGCUCUGCUCCUCGCUCACUCCAUCCCUGUGCAAGCUGGGGCUGCAGGAAAGCAACAGCAACUCAUCUCCACUGGAUUUUGUCAAUGCUAAGAGGAAAGACUCCCCUUCAGAACAGUUCAGCCAUCCCUCAAAGUGGCUAGAAGCUUGUCAACAUGAAUCAGAUGAGCAGCCCUUAGAUCUGAUUCCCCAAACCAACUCUACUCCCAGAAUAUGUGAGGAAGCAGUAGAUCCAGUGGACGACGAUGUGGUUAAAACCAUGGUUCUUAUACCUUUUCCAGUAGGGCAGCAGCAAGACAUUACGCUUGAGGCCCAUUUAGAUACAAUGGCAGAGACAAACAGCAUCAUUCUAAAUGAGCCUUUGAGGCCAGGAGAUCUGCUGAGAGAGGGAGUGGCACCUUGCAUGGAAGACAGCUUUUCAGAAGUUGUUCCUGCUAUGCCUGAGAAACCUGCAUUUCAGGAUCCUCCAUCUCAUCUCUUGGAGUAUCCACCAAAUCCCUGUUCUGAGCAACAGCUACCCUUCUCCAAGGAAGGCCUGAUGGACAGAGGGACUGAGGCUGUGCCUGAGGACUUAGUUCUUUCUGAAAGUAAUGCUGUCUUGCCUUCCUCCAUGCUCUGGCUUUCCCCUUCAACUGCCUUAGCAGCAGAUUUCCCUGUCAGUCAUGUGGACCCAGGGGAGGAAACUAUAGAGCACAGAGCUGUAGAGGGAAGAGAAAUGAGCUUUCCCACCACACUCCCUGAGGAGGCUGAAUUGGGAGAUCAAGCACUUGUCUCAAAUAUGGAAGAUAUUCUGCCCACAUGCCUUACCCCAAAUCUAGGAGAAAUGGAAUCCCAGGUGGAUCCAGGCCCAGCAGUAGAGGAUGCUGGUAGGAUUCUUAUCUCUGAUACAGGGCCUUGGAUGUCCCCAUUGGCCUGGCUGGAAAAAGGUGUAAAUACUUCGGUCAUGCUGGAAAAUCUCCGCCAGAGCUUAUCGCUUCCGUCUGUGCUUCGAGAUGCUGCGAUUGGCACUACCCCUCUCUCUACUUGCUCCGUGGGGACUUGGUUAACACCUCCAGCACCACAGGAAAAGAGUACGAACACAUCCCAGACAGGCCUGGUGGGCACCAAGGACAGUACUUCUGAGACAGAGCACCUCUUAAGGGGCCAUCCUCCAGAUCUGACUGCCUUAUCUCGACAUGACCUUGAAGAUAACCUGCUGAACUCUCUUGUCAUUCUGGAGGUUCUCUCCUGCCAGCUGCGGGACUGGAAGACCAAGCUGACUGUCCCUCACCCAGAAGUUCAGGACAGUAGCACACAGACUGAUACCUCUCCCAGUGAGAUAAGUAAGAAACCUCAGCAUCUUCAGGAGAGCCAAGAGAUUGGGCAAGCUCUUCAGCAGGCCAGGAAUGUCAUGCAAUCAUGGGUGCUGGUCUCUAAAGAGCUGAUAUCCUUGCUUCACCUAUCUCUGUUGCACUUAGAGGAAGAUAAAACUACUGUGAGUCAGGAGUCUCGGCGUGCAGAAACCUUGGUCUCUUGCUGUUUCGAUGUGUUGAAGAAAUUGAGGGCAAGGCUCCAGAGCCUCAAAGCAGAAACGGAGGAAGCAAAGCACAGAGAGGAAAUGGCCCUCCGAGGCAAGGAUGUGGCAGAGACAGUGCUAGAGGCUUUCUGUGCACAUGCUAGCCAACGCAUCAGCCAACUGGAACAGGACCUGGCAUCCAUGGGGGAAUUCAGAGGCCUUUUGAAGGAGACCCAGACCCAACUGGUAGGACUUCAUACUGAGCAAGAAGAGUUGGCUCAGCAGACGGUGAGUCUUACUUCAACCUUACAACAGGACUGGAUAUCCAUGCAACUCGAUUAUAUAACAUGGACAGCGUUGCUGAGCCGGUCUCGACAACUCACAGAGAAACUCACAGCCAAGAGCCGGCAGACUCUGCAGGAACGUGAUGCUGCAAUUGAGGAAAAGCAGCAGGUUUCCAGGGAGCUGGAACAAGUCUCUACCCAUUUAGAGGACUGCAAAGUCCAAGUAGAACAACUGAAGUUGGAAAACAGUCGCCUAGCAACAGAUCUCCAGGCUCAGCUGCAGAUUCUGACCAGCAUGGAGAGUCAGCUAAAAGAGCUACAGAGUCAGCAUGCCCACUGUACUCACGACCUGGCCAUUAAGGAUGAGUUGAUCUGCCAGCUUACCCAGAACAAUGAGGAGCAGGCUGCUCAAUGGCAAAAGGAAGAGAUGGCAUUAAAACACAUGCAGGCAGAGCUGCAGCAACAACAGGCUGUCCUGGCCAAGGAGGUGCAGGACCUGAAGGAGACUCUGGAGUUUGCGGACCAAGAGAAUCAAGUUGCUCACCUGGAGCUGGGCCAGGUUGAGUAUCAGUUGAAAACCGCACUGGAAGUGCUCCGGGAGCGCAGCCUGCAGUGUGAGGACCUUAAGGACACUGUAGAGAACCUGAAGGCUAAACUGGCUAGCACCAUAGCAGAGAACCAGGAGCAAGACCUGGAGAAGACACGCCAGUAUUCCCAAGAGUUAGGGGUGCUGACUGAGCAACUACAGAGCCUGACCCUCUUUCUACAGACAAAACUAAAGGAGAAGGCUGACCUGGAGACCCUCCUGAUAAGCACAGCUUGUGCUCCUGCCCAGGAACACCCUCUGCCCACUGACAGCGCCUUCUUGGGAAGCAUCUUGACAGCUGUGGCAGAUGAAGAGCCAGAAGCAGCACCUGUGCCCUUGCUUGGAAGUGACAAGAGUGCUUUCACUCGAGUAGCAUCAAUGGUUUCUCUUCAGCCUACAGAGACCCCAGGCAUGGAGAAGAGCCUGGCAGAAAUGAGUACUAUGACUCUGGAGCUUCAGAGCCUAUGCUCCCUGCUGCAAGAGUCUAAAGAAGAAGCUGUGAGGACUCUGCAGCAAAAGAUUUGUGAUCUGCAGGCUAGGUUACAGGUCCAGGAAGAGCAGCAUCAGGAAGCCCAGAAGGCAAAGGAAGCAGACAUAGAGAAGCUGAACCAGGCCUUGUGCUUGCGCUACAAGAAUGAAAAGGAGCUCCAGGAAGUGAUCCAGCAGCAGAAUGAGAAGAUCCUAGAGCAGAUAGACAAGAGUGGCGAGCUCAUUAGCCUUAGAGAGGAGGUGACCCAGCUAACCCGCUCACUUCGGCGUGCAGAGACAGAGACUAAGGUCCUCCAGGAGACUCUGGCAGGCCAGCUGAAUCCCGACUGUCAGCCCAUGGCCACUGACUGGAUCCAGGAGAAAGUGUGGCUCUCCCAGGAGGUGGACAAGCUGAGGGUGAUGUUCCUGGAGAUGAAAAAUGAGAAGGCAAAACUCAUGGUCAAGUUCCAGAGCCAUAGAAACAUCCUGGAGGAGAAUCUCCGGCGCUCUGACAAGGAGUUAAAGAAACUAGAUGACAUUGUUCAGCAUAUUUAUGAGACUCUGCUGUCCAUCCCAGAGGUCGUCAGGGGUUGCAAGGAGCUACAGGGAUUGAUGGAAUUUCUGAGCUAAGAAACUGAAAGCUAGAAUCUAUUUCACCUGUUUUUAACCUGCAAAAUUGGCAUAGAGCCAGCUAUGUUUAAUGCUAUUUAAAUAAAGUAUAUUUAAUGUA